AUGAAGGUUGUAGAAGGCGACUUAGCCACAGAAGGCGACAUACGGCUUGCAUGUAAACGGUUGCAAGACGACUUAAAUAAGCCGUCGAUUGAACGUCGCUCAAUCGACAACAUAGCGUAGUUUAGGCGACAGCUGUCGACUGCCAUCUGCCAUGUAAACCGGCAAAGACGACUUUGCAAGUCGUAUCCGCUACGUCACUUCCUCUCCGCGAGUCACGUCCCUUUCGCAAGAAGCAACAUGGCGGAAACGGGAGCUCCUCGCAACCAGCAAAGGUGCAUUUGGAAUGAAGAGAGCACAUCCUUCAUGCUGUGUAUCAUCCUGGAAAUGAAUAUUGCAUCACAGAUUGACUCCAAACGCCAGAGAAACAAAGAAAUAUUCCAAAACGUCGAACAACGAAUGAAAGAAAUAGGGCACGAUUCGUUCACCUGGACGCAGAUCAGAGCUCACUGGAAGAACCUUAAGCAGAAAUAUAACGAGGUAAGCGUUGUCAUAUUGUGACAAUAUUAUCGCGAUGGUUUAGCAUGUGACAGGACAAAAAACUUGGACGGUAUCGCGUAAUUAAUGUGUCGGGUUCCUUUAGUGUAUUCGUAUUGCUUACCAUGUCCAGAUUCCUGGCAUCGAUAUGUUAAUCGUAGGUUUUAGGUGCGUCUAUGUUUGCUUGUUAUAAAAAAAAGUAACAUGUAAUGUGAUUUCAAAAUUCAGAAUGGGUUCUGUUCAGAUGCAGUCCAUUCCUGUGUUUCUAAAAACUCACUGGAGCUUGCUGCAAAUCUCUUCCAAAAAUAACCCGGCCUGCGGAUUGAUAAUCCCGGCCUGCAGCUGUGAAACAUGGUGGGAAAAACUGCAACAGAGCAGAAGUGGGCAGGCUCCUUCAACAUGGAAGUGGUUUUCGAAGAUGGAUGCAAUUCUGCAUGCGAGACCAAGGUCCACGGCAUUCGAGUGCGGUGUUGACAGUGCCAUGAUUUCUGCAAGUGAUGACGAAAAUGGAGCUCCUGCUGCCAGUGAGGUUGAACUUGAUAGCCAAAGCAAUAGCCGUGAAGAUGACAUCCCUUCGCCUGAUCCUGAGGAACAUGAGCAAAUGCACCACCAAAGGAAGCGAAAGAGACGAGAUGCUCGCCUUGAGGACCUGGAGAAACUACUACAGCAAUCAGCAGAAAGGGGAGAGAAAGCAGCUGCACAAAGGGCUGAAAUGGCACACGAACGACAAGUCGUACUCCUCCAAGAGGAACGUGAUCACUUUAGGCAGGUCAUGGCAGACCUCAAUGGAGAGUUUAUUCAAAACUGCCAGCAGAUGAUAACAGCAUUUCAUCAUCAACAGUUAUCGUUACUACAAAUGUAUAUGAACUCGACGCAAGACACACAGCAAGGUGCAAGUGUUGCUGCAACAUUACCACGAUCACCUCUAUUCCCACAGUUCCCAUCAAAUGCACAGUUUGCACCACCAUCAUCAUAUGCUCCCCAAACAGAGCGGCAGCCAAGAGGAUUCCCAUGACUGGGCUUCUGGUUUUAGGAUUGCGCUGCUAAAGUAAUUGUGCUGGUGGAGCGACAUGGUCAUUUUGUUUACCCAGCCCAAUGUUUUGAAACGCCCUGUGUGCAGUCAUAAUGCAUCACAGUGUCUGUGAUAUUAAGCACCUACAUAUACUCACUUGCACUUCAUUUAGCCAACAUUAGUCACUGCAAAUAUUUAUCAUUAUUUUUAUUUAUGUUAUUCAAUCUUUUGUUCCCCUGUACCUUCCAAUGCUUUCGCACUUUCAUAGUGGUGUAGAGCACCACUGGAGCGCCUCGGUUGUUAAAAUCUUCUAAAAUAUGAUAUUUGUUUGCUUUUAGGCGCACUGGUGGAUAUGUUUAUGAAAAAUGUAUUUGCUAAAUAUACUGAAUGCCCAAAAUGAUGCACGGGUUGUGUGUUCAUUUUUUCAUAAUCGCAGUGCAUUGUGACCAUUCCUAGUCCUGCAUUCGAUCAACUAACCAAUU